AGAAUCGGUAUAAACUAUAAAGCCGAACUGAAUCUGGUUCCAAAUUAAUGCAUCGUGGCGCUCUUUCUCUCAGUGGAAUUGACAGCGAAUUUGCACCGAGACCAUUGUUUUCGCUCUCUAUAUCGAAUUCUGAAUCUUUGUCAGCAAAAGAGACAACUUUGCGAGUAAAUCUACCAUCUUGGACAUUGCAUUUGUGGCAAAAGAGACAACAUCAAUUCAUAAAACAAAUCGAAAUUAGAGUAUUCAGAUUCUUUUGAUAUUAUGCUCUAGUUAUCAGAUCGUAAUGGACGUAUGGUCGCUACAUUGCUUGGAUUUUGUGAUGGGAAUCAGUAAAACAGAAGUGAACUUGAGGAGGUUGCUUGCAGCUGCACCUCAUCAACAAAACCUGGCAAAACUUGUACAUUAUGUUGCAACAUUACGAGAACAAUUGGAACAAGUAGCUGAAGAGACUACUCCUGAAGGCUUACCUAGGGUUUCAAAGGCCAAGGUGAAUGAGUAUUCAGAGAAGAUCGAAGUGAUUGCUUCCAAAUUAACAGCCCCAUUGGCUGCGCAGUCUGAUAUGCAAGUAUCUGAGGAGCCCUUUGCAAAGACAAGCACACAUGAGAGCCCUUCUAGAACAGGAGUAGAAAAUCAUCUUCUCCCUACUCCUGGACUAAGAAAAAGAUCUGUGUAUGUGAAUCCGUGGCCUGGAUCUAAUUCUGAAGAUAGAGUUCAUGACAAUGCUGAGGAUCAUUCAUCAGUGCCUGUCAAACUGGAUGCUGCCGCACAAGCACAUAUAAAAAAGCACGGAAAGCUUCAAGAGGACUUAACUGAUGAAAUGGUUGGACUGGCACAACAACUCAAGGAGAGUAGUCUAAUGAUAAGCCGGUCGGUGGAAAACACUGAAAAAAUACUUGAUUCUACAGAGAAGGCUGUUGAGCAUAGCUUGGCAAGCACUGGUCGUGCUAAUGCACGGGCAAUGGAGAUAUACUCUCUGACUUCUAAGACUACAUGCUUCACAUGGCUUCUGAUCUUUGUGAUGACAUGCAUUUUUAUUAUGGUGGUACUUCUAAUUCGCGUCACCUGAAGUACUAGUCGAGUCGGCUAUAUGAAUCUUGAUCCUGGAGGCUUGCUCUACUAUCUUUGAGACUAAUAUUCCAAACCAAUUUGUAUGCUCAAGACUGCACAAAUGUGUGCCAAGAUAGAGCGUUCAGCUCUUGCAGAUACAAUAGUGUGAUGAAUGGUCACCGACUUCGAAAUCCAGCACUCCUGUGUUAUUUUCCGCCGUGGCAUUUCAAAAGAUUCAUUUUCUUUUCUCUGAA